AUGAAGAAGGUUGGGAAGGACAUGGCCCAGUAUUUGGGGGAUUUUCAAUUCGGGGUUGGUACACCAAAUGGGGCGGAGGCGGUCCUUCAUAGUGCGAACAGGUUCCUGAACUCUUUUCAUGAAGAUGGGUCCAUGGCCUUGCUCACGGUAGACUUCACCAAUGCUUUCAACAUGGUUGACCGCUCAGCGUUCCUCCAACAGGUCCACCAACGUUGUCCAUCUAUCUAUCGGUGGGUCCAGUUCCUGUACGCCCAACCCGCUAGGUUGUAUGUUGGCAGCGAUUGUAUUAGGGCCACCACUGGAGUGCAACAAGGAGAUCCCUUGGGGCCCCUUCUCUUUGCCCUAGCCUUACACCCACUUAUUCUCCGUGUCCAGGAGCACUGUAACCUCCCCUUUCAUGCUUGGUAUUUGGAUGAUGGCACGAUUAUAGGUAACGCAAUGGAAGUUGCUAAAGCCUUGGACAUCAUCAACACGGAGGGACCAUCCCUAGGGCUCCAUCUCAAUAUUAAGAAAACGGAAGUGUACUGGCCAUCGUGUGACGGUCUCAAGGUUCAGGACGGCCUUUUCCCGAGAGGGAUAGGUAGACCUGAGAGGGGGGUUAAGCUCCUUGGGGGGGCGGUUAGCCGAGAUUCUGUUUUUAUCGGGGAAUUAGCAGGGCGGCGGGCAUUGACAGCGGUUGACCUUAUGAAACUCUUGCCCUGCCUCCAGGACCCCCAGUGUGAGCUUCUUCUUUUAAGGUCAUGCAUGGGGGUAGCUAAGUUACUGUUUGGGCUGCGGACCUGCCAACCCCACUUGAUGGCCAAUGCGGUAUCCUAUUUUGAUGAUGGUCUUCGAGAGGCUAUCGAAGACAUUGUUGUUUGCGGGGGGUCCUACUUCGGUGACCUUCAGUGGUGGUUGGCAUCUUUGCCGAUGCGUCUGGGUGGUUUGGGCCUCCUCUCAGCUCGGGAUGUUCGAGUUUAUGCUUUUGUGACAUCUAGAGCUCAGUCGUGUGUAUUGCAAGACCAUAUCCUUCGGAACAGUGGGGUUGUUAAGCUUGACGUAGACUACCAACAGGCCCUUGAGUACUUAAGUAUCUCUCUUCCAGACUUUGAUAUUAGCGGUUUCUCUAAUAUGGACACCGCCCCCCCCCCCCCCCCAAGCCACAAAAAACUUUGGCGAAUGCCCUAUUUGACAAAAUUGCUCGGAGUCUGGGAGAAACAUUCAAUUUGUCUCCCCGCCAGAAGGCGGUGA